AUGGGCUCGGCGGACGCCAUCUGUCUUCGGCCUUUGCUAAUCGAAGACUUGGCCGCCCAUCGCGUCGUCGACGUGUCUGCGGGCGACACGCACUGUCUCGCCCUCACCGACGAACAUCUCGUCUUCGCUUGGGGCACUAACAGCAUGGGGCAGUGCGGGCAGGGGCACAGCUCCAGUCCGGUGACGAGACCGCUGAAGGUCGUCGGAUUGGAGGGGGUGCGACGACCCCACGUGACCAAACACAAGCCCUUCUGUCUGGACCUGCACGAGCGCACGUUCGGCUUCCUGAAGACGUUCCUGGACAAGUACGCGGACACGUUCUCCUACGAAUCGCCGCCUCGGCCCUUCGAGACCGCCGAAGAACACCACAAGUUCGUCCUGAUGGUGUUGAAGUUGCUCUGCACCCAUUUGAAUUUGUGCAUCAACGGGAAUUUGAACACGGGUGUGCUGAAUGCGCACGCCAAAGCUCUCAGGACGGUGCUUUUUAGAGAAGUCCUCAACAUCGGCGCUCCCCUACUUCUACCUCUGUUGAACGAACGCGUCGAAUUCCUGCAAUCGCACCUGUCUAGCGGCCAGCAGCUGUCGCAAGGCCAACAGAUGCUGUUGGCCAUCAUCCUCAACAGUUUGGAAGAUCCCGGACACGUGGCAGCGCUGUUGGGUUUGGAAUUGUUGUACAACGUGCUGCUGGAAUCGGUGACCGGAGCUAUGCUGUUCAAAAUACUGAAUUCUUUGUUGUUGAUGCCCACUUCGUACGUGAAGAAAUUGUACCCUGCGAUUUUGGAACUUAUGGAUCCUUUGGAUAGGUUCAAUCAGCUUUUGCCGGCUGAAUUGCUGAUGCAUAGCGAAAAAGAUUCGUCCAAUGGAUUCGAACAUAAAUCAAGAUCGAAAAGAUUGAGGGAACCUCCUCCAGAGCCUGAAAACGACGUAGACUCUGAUGACUUCGACGAGAGAGACAACGAUCUAGAUGCGAACCAUGUGCCACCUGGUUUUCUGAGCCCCUCAGUUGUCGAAUAUUUGGAGCUGGGAAAAUCCAUACCAGGCCGACCCGGAGCAGACUAUCCAGUUCUAGGCACGGUGCCUUACACGAACUUUUACUGCGACGAGCAGCCGUUUCCGGGCUUCUACGCGGACCCGGAAACCAGAUGCCAGAGUUGGCACUACUGCGACAUUGACGGACGACAGACGACGUUCCUGUGUCCGAACGGCACGCAGUUCAGCCAAUUGGUGUUCGUCUGCGAUUGGUGGUUCAACGUCAGAUGCGAUUUGAGCGAAAAGUUAUACGUUAUAAAUAGCAGACUCUACGGAAGGCCAAAAGAGGACCCUACCAGACCUCACAGGACAAUCACCAAGCAGAUAUUGGAGGACAUAUUCAAUGAUGAAAAGAACUGAAGUGAAAGACUUUUUUGUGUACAUAUUAUUCAUGUAUUUUUCUUCAAUUAAUUUUAGUAGUCAUAUGUAUACAAAAAUAUACCCAAAUACUGAUGAAUGCUGAGGACGGCAACUUUCUUGCAGAAAUAUGUAUUUAGAGCUUUCUAUAUGAAUGUCAUUAUGGUAUUUCUGGUAUAUUUUUGUAUAUGAUUAUUUAACCAAGAUCUCCAAAACUUCCCUUUAUAAUAAUUUUAGUAGGUAGAUAGACUUUUAAUCGUACAAUUUCUCAUCACUUGUAAAGUUUCAUGGCCAUUGAUAUGCAUUCCUACCAGGUAUUUUGGAACUAUAGACAGGGUGCUUCAGGUUUACACGCGGUAAAUUUCUAGCCGUUGAAAAUUACCGUGGCAUUAUUAAUGAUUUCGGCACCUCAAAAUCAACCGAAAAAUUCUGAAAAAAUAUAACAUUGAAAGGUAUUUGAAUGAUGAUUCUAUUUAAGUAAUAAAAAAAAUAGUCCACUCGCUUGCGAAAACCACGUUUUGCCAUAACAACACAUUUGUAACCGUGUGGCUAGAC